AUCAGUUUCCACUGCUAACAACCAAGAGGGUGUUCUGGAAAGGAGUGCUGGAGGAGCUGCUGUGGUUCAUCAAGGGUUCUACAAAUGCUAAAGAGCUCUCUGCAAAGGGUGUAAAGAUUUGGGAUGCUAAUGGAUCACGUGAGUUCCUGGAUAAGCAGGGUUUCAGUACCAGAGAGGAGGGGGAUUUGGGACCAGUUUAUGGUUUCCAGUGGAGGCACUUUGGAGCAGAAUACAAAGAUAUGCGCACAGAUUACUCCAACCAAGGAGUUGAUCAGUUGCAAAAAGUGAUUGAAACGAUCAAAACGAAUCCAGAUGACAGAAGAAUCAUUAUGUGUGCUUGGAAUCCCAAAGAUAUUUCUCUGAUGGCUUUGCCUCCGUGCCAUGCGCUUUGCCAGUUCUAUGUUCUAAAUGGUGAAUUGUCUUGCCAACUCUAUCAGAGGUCUGGAGAUAUGGGACUAGGAGUGCCUUUCAAUAUUGCCAGCUAUUCACUGCUCACAUACAUGAUUGCCCAUGUCACAGGGCUAAAGCCUGGAGAGUUCAUACACACAUUAGGAGAUGCUCACAUAUAUCUGAAUCACGUGGAACCUCUAAAAGUUCAACUUCAGAGGGAGCCAAGACCUUUCCCCAAACUCAAAAUUCUUCGUAAGGUUGAAGACAUCAGUGACUUUAAGGCAGAAGACUUUCAGAUUGAAGAUUAUAAUCCUCAUCCACCUAUUAAAAUGGAGAUGGCUGUUUAAUGCUAUAAACCAGCUUCUAUUAAUGUGGAAAUGUACCUGAGCUACUUAGCUUUCUCUGUACUUAAAGUUAGGGUU